AUGUCCAGAAUCUUGACCGUCUUCGGAGCCACUGGCACUCAAGGAGGCUCCGUCAUUCGAGCCGUGUUAGCCGAUGCAGCUCUCUCCGCGGAAUUCAAAAUCCGAGGUAUUAGUCGCAAUGCCUCACAGCCAUCUGCCCAAGCCUUGGCUGAGAAAGGCGUCGAGGUGAAAGAGGCCGAUAUGGGCUCGAAAGCCUCUAUCUCCGAGGCCAUCAAAGGCUCACACACCGUGUUUUUGGUAACCACACCAAGUUUCACGACCCAGGAAAGCCUCGAAUUGGUCCACGGCAAGAACGUCGCAGACGUAGCCAAAGAGCAAGGCGUCGAGCAUCUCAUCUACUCGUCCCUCUUGAACGUCACCAACGAGACCAAUGGUCGGCUGAAGCACGUCGCCCACUUCGACAUGAAGGCCGACGUCGAGCAGUACAUUCGCUCCAAGGGUAUCCCGAGCACUUUUGUUCUUCCGGGUUACUUCAUGACGAACUAUUCGGCCUUCCAGAUGUUGAGAAAGGGCGCGGAUGGCGUCUAUAACUUGACCUAUCCUGUCAGCGACAAGGCGAAAUUCCCUCUGUUUGACGCUGGAGCCGAUACGGGCAAAUACGUCGUCGCGGCCAUCAAAAACCGCUCCAAGGUUCUCGGGAAACAAAUCCUAGCCGCGGCGGACUACUACACGCCCACCCGCAUCCUCAGCGAAUUUGAAAAGACGACCGGAAACAAGGCGACUUUUACACCCGUCGAUUCGGAAGCCUAUACGAACUUCUUCCCCAGCCCGAUGGGCAAGGAAAUGCUUGAAAAUCAUUUGUUUAUCGAGGAGCCCGGCUACUACGCUGGAAGGAGCCUUGAGGAGAGCCGUGAGCUUCUGGAGGGUGUGGGAUUGAAGCCAACCACUUGGGAGGAAUUUCUGGUCAAGAACAAGGACUUUUUCAAGUCCUAG